UCAGCCGCGAAUCACACCUCUGCACAUCCUCAGUAAUCAAUCUAUCGAGCAGGAAGAGAAACAGAGAAAGAGAAAGAAGGAGAGAUGGGAAAAGAGAUCGAGUCCCCGAAGGAACAGAGUUCUUACACCGUUGAGCAGCUCGUCGCCGUCAAUCCUUUCAACCCAGAAAUCUUGCCUGAUCUCGAAAACUACGUUAACGAACAGGUUACGUCAAAAACGUAUAGUCUGGAUGCAAACCUAUGCUUACUUCGGCUCUAUCAGUUUGAGCCUGAGCGCAUGAACACUCAUAUCGUGACUCGAAUCUUGGUCAAGGCUCUUAUGGCUAUGCCAACUCCGGACUUCAGCCUUUGCCUCUUCCUGAUUCCCGAAAGAGUGCAAAUGGAGGAGCAGUUCAAAGCACUAAUUGUUCUCUCACACUACCUUGAGACCGGGAGGUUCCAACAGUUUUGGGAUGAAGCUGCCAAGAACCGUCACAUUCUUGAGGCUGUUCCAGGUUUUGAGCAAGCUAUCCAAGCAUAUGCAAGUCACCUUCUUAGCUUAAGCUACCAAAAGGUUCCAAGAUCCGUGCUUGCCGAGGCUGUUAACAUGGAUGGUGCAACGCUAGACAAGUUCAUUGAGCACCAAGUGAAUAACAGUGGAUGGAUUGUUGAGAAAGAAGAUGGAAGUGUCGUCUUACCACAAAAUGAAUUUAACCAUCCGGAGCUUAAGAAAAAUACAGGUGAGAAUGUACCCUUGGAACACAUCGCCCGCAUCUUCCCCAUCCUUGGUUAAACCCAGUCCCGGCUCUAACGCAUGGCUUGGCCUCAAUUAGUGAUGCACUACUAUCUUAAUUAACCUGAUGUCUGUUUUGAGUAUUUUCCCUUUAUGUAGAGGACUACCUCCUCAUGAAACACUUAUCAAAGAACAAUGUAUUGAAUUUCUUUCUUAAAUCACUAUUUUCUCUCUUCU